AUGGCAGACCCCAACAAUGUGUCGCAAUACAAAUACUCGGCGAUGUCGAACCUGGUUCUUCAGGUGGACCGUCGAUUCAUUUCCCGCCGUACAGAUGAGAAUACCGGCGACCCUGAGUCUCUGGCUGGAAGACUAAAUAUCCGUGAUAUGGGAUCGCGGGUCGCUCGAGAUCGAGUGCCAAAGCAAAAAAAGAUUGCGCCAGGCUUACAAGGUGUCGAAAGAGGCUCCAUACUUGAGGGAGAAGAUGUCUUAGAACGGGAACAGCGGAAACGAAAGAGGGGUGAGCCUGCCCAACCUCGAGGUGCCGGCGUCCUCUCCGCUGGCGAUGCACUGAUAGAAGGGCUCAAGUAUCGUCCUAGGACUCCCGCCACUCGGGCGACUUACGAUCUGCUACUCACCGUGACCGCAAACGCUCUUGGAGAUGUCUCGCAGGAAAUCGUUCGAAGCGCUGCCGAUGCCAUCCUCGAAUAUCUGAAAGAUGAAAACAUGAAAGACCUUGACAAAAAGAAAGAGAUCGAUGAGAUCGUGGGAAUUACAAUGACCCCGAAGCAGUUCAACGAACUGGUCAAUCUGGGCAAAAAGAUCACAGAUUAUGAUGCGCAAGACGACGACGAUAACAUGGCAGACGGCGCGGGCGCAGAUGAGGCCGAGCUUGAUGAACGCCAGGGCGUCGCAGUGGUCUUUGAUGAAGAUGAAGACGUAGACGAAGAUGGCAUCGGGCGGACAUACGAAGUUCGAGACGAGGAUGAAGGGGACACUGACGAAGAGGAGGACAUUCAGGACCAACCAGGUCUUGAAGAGUCUGCAUCAGCUGGUGGUGCAGCCACUGCCGAUGUCGACGUAGAUGAAGACGAAGACGCCCCGAUGGUCAUAGUCAGCGGUCUGGGCGAAUCGAGUCGCAGAAAGCGAGACGAUACCGACUCUAUUCCCAUCGACGAAAUUGAUGCUUAUUGGCUCCAACGGCAAAUUGGUUCCGUGUAUUCUGAUGCCGUUAUUCAGCAGCAAAAGACGCAAGAUGCACUUCAAAUCCUCUCCGGCAAGUCUCUCCAAGGCGAAGAAAUAUCCCUUCGCGAUAUCGAAAAUGACCUCAUGGAUUUGUUUGACUACGAACAUCCCGAUAUGGUCGGGAGGCUGGUUUCCAACAGAGACAAGAUCGUUUGGGUGACUAGGUGGCGUAGAGCUUCAGAGGACGAGGACGCUCGACAUCUUGUGGAGAGCGGAAUGGUUGAGGCCGGCCACCGGGCCAUUCUGGACGAACUGCUUGGCAAGUCGGGCCGGCCUGGGGAAACGCCACGACCGGCCAAGAAGAUGAAACUGGACCUGAUGGACAUCGAUAUCCCCAAAGCACAAGAAGAGCAGGGAAAGAAAUACGACGGUGUUCUUUCUGGAGGCUUGCUGCCACAGCGGGUUAUCAACCUCGACAACCUUGUCUUUGAACAGGGAAAUCAUCUGAUGACCAAUCCAAAGGUUAUUCUGCCGCAGGGCUCCACGAAGCGAACAUUCAAGGGCUACGAGGAAAUUCAUGUUCCGCCACCCAAACCCAAGCGAGAUCCUGGCGAGAAGAACAUUCCCACUACUGAACUUCCUGAUUGGGCAAGGCAAGGUUUUGGGUCUGCGAAGGAGCUAAACCGGAUUCAGUCGAAAUGCUUCCCCUCUGCUUUCCACGACGAUGGUAAUAUGCUAAUUUGCGCUCCAACUGGAUCUGGCAAGACAAAUGUCGCGAUGCUUACGAUGUUGCGUGAAAUCGGGAAACAUAGAAAUCCAGAAACUGGCGAAAUCAUGCUGGACGACUUUAAGAUUAUCUACAUUGCACCUUUGAAGGCUUUAGUGCAGGAACAAGUGGGCAAUUUUGGCAAGCGACUCGAAGUAUACGGGAUUAGGGUCUCCGAGCUCACGGGAGAUCGUCAGCUCACCAAGCAACAGAUUGCGGACACUCAGGUCAUUGUAACGACUCCGGAAAAAUGGGACGUCAUAACACGAAAAGCAACUGAUCAAAGCUACACCAGACUGGUACGACUUAUCGUGAUUGAUGAAAUCCAUCUGCUGCACGACGACCGUGGACCCGUGAUCGAAAGUAUUGUCAGCCGGACUAUACGAAAGAUCGAACAGACUGGCGAGCCUGUGCGGAUUGUAGGCUUGAGUGCAACACUUCCCAACUACCGAGACGUCGCCACUUUUCUGCGGGUAGACCCCCAGAAGGGUCUAUUCCACUUCGAUGGAUCCUUUAGACCCUGCCCUCUUCGGCAGGAAUUCAUUGGCGUGACCGACAAGAAAGCUAUCAAGCAACUAAAGACGAUGAACGAUAUCUGCUAUGCAAAAGCCAUCGAACACGCAGGAACAAAUCAGCAGCAAAUGUUAAUAUUUGUCCAUUCUCGAAAAGAAACGGCCAAAACUGCCAAAUAUAUCCGUGACAAGGCCAUUGAGCUAGAAACGAUUGGCCAAAUUAUGCGGACUGACGCGGCAAGCAGGUCGGUCUUGCAAGAAGAAGCUGAUGCGGUCAAUGACGCCAACCUGAAAGACUUGCUGCCUUAUGGAUUUGGAAUCCACCAUGCCGGAAUGGGCGUUGCCGAUCGGACAUCAGUGCAAGACCUAUUCGCCGAUGGCUAUCUUAGAGUCCUCGUCUGCACUGCGACCCUUGCUUGGGGUGUCAACUUGCCCGCUCAUACGGUCGUGAUCAAAGGUACCCAAGUUUAUUCCCCCGAAAAAGGAAGCUGGGUCGAAUUGAGCCCACAAGAUGUACUUCAGAUGCUCGGUCGAGCGGGUCGUCCACAGUUUGACUCAUAUGGUGAAGGUAUCAUCAUCACUUCCCAAGCAGAGAUUCAGUACUACCUUUCGUUGAUGAACCAGCAAUUACCCAUUGAAAGUCAGUUGAUGGGCAAACUUGCCGACAACCUCAAUGCUGAAAUUGUCCUCGGGAAUGUCCGCACCCGCGACGAGGGUGUUGAGUGGCUUGGUUAUACUUAUCUAUUCGUUCGAAUGAUACGCUCACCAGGUCUCUACAGCGUGGGUGCAGACUAUAGCGAUGAUGAAGCGUUGGAGCAGAAGCGAGUUGAUCUCGUCCAUUCCGCCGCUAUCGUUCUCGAAAAAGCCGGACUUGUCAAAUACGAGAGGAAGACUGGAAAGUUGCAAGCUACAGAUCUUGGCCGUAUUGCUUCACAUUACUACAUAACACAUAAUUCGAUGCUAACCUACAAUCAUCACCUGCAACCGUCGAUCGGCACAAUUGAACUCUUCCGAAUCUUUGCUCUCAGCGAUGAGUUCAAGUACAUUCCCGUUCGACAGGACGAGAAGCUCGAGUUGGCGAAGUUACUCGGCAGAGUGCCGAUUCCUGUCAAGGAAGGCAUGGAUGAGCCCCAAGCCAAAAUCAAUGUGCUUCUGCAAGCAUUUAUUUCUCGACUCAAGUUGGAGGGCCUGGCUUUGAUGGCUGAUCUUGUUUAUGUCACACAGUCCGCAGGACGAAUCCUCAGGGCGAUGUUCGAAAUAUGCUUGAAAAAGGGCUGGGCCGGGGUGGCAAAGACUGCCUUGGACCUCUGUAAAAUGGCCGAAAAGCGAAUGUGGCCUACAAUGACUCCAUUGAGGCAGUUUGCAAUGUGUCCGAGAGAAUACAUUCAGAAAGCUGAGCGAAUGGAAGUGCCCUGGUCCAGCUACUUUGACCUUGAUCCACCUCGAAUGGGAGAGCUGCUUGGUCUUCCCAAAGCUGGCCGAGUUGUGUGCGACCUUGUUUCCAAGUUUCCACGAUUAGAGGUCCAAGCACAAGUCCAGCCGAUCACCAGAUCAUUACUUCGCGUUGAGUUAACGAUCACCCCCAACUUUGCGUGGGAUGAAGUGCUGCACGGCACCGCUGAGUCAUUCUGGAUCAUUGUCGAAGAUUGUGAUGGAGAGGAAAUUUUGUUCCACGACCUAUUCAUAUUGCGUCGAGAGUACGCAGAGGGCGACAUGUCAGAACACUUGGUUGACUUCACUGUUCCCAUCGGCGAGCCAAUUCCACCCAACUAUUUCAUUUCGCUGAUAUCGGAUCGAUGGAUGCACUCUGAGACCAGAGUUCCGGUUUCGUUCCAAAAGUUGAUCCUGCCUGAAAGAUUCCCUCCUCAUACUCCACUUCUAGACCUGCAACCUGUGCCCGUCCAGGCUUUAAAGGUCACAGGUUACGUUGCCCUCUACCCCAAGUGGGACACAUUCAACAAGAUUCAGACUCAAGUUUUUAAGUCUCUCUACGACAGCAAUGACAGUGUCUUCGUAGGGGCACCAACGGGGAGCGGAAAGACAGUAUGCGCGGAAUUUGCUCUUCUUCGACAUUGGAAGAACCAGGACGCCGGUAAAGCAGUCUAUGUUGCUCCCUUCCAAGAAUUGGUCGACGGCCGCUACUCUGACUGGAGCGAACGAUUGAGCCCAGUCGGUGGUGGAAAAGUCAUCUCAACAUUAACUGGCGAAAUCACAGCUGAUCUACGAAUCUUGGACAGAUCAGACCUCGUAUUGGCAACUCCCGCUCAAUGGGACGUGCUUUCGAGACAGUGGCAGCGCCGAAAGAACGUGCAGAACGUCGAGUUGUUCAUUGCUGACGAACUUCAUAUGAUUGGUGGCGAGGACGGCGCUGUCUAUGAAGUUGUUGUUUCCAGAAUGCAAUACAUCCACAUUCAACUGGAAAACAGCAUGCGGAUCGUUGGGUUGAGCGUACCGCUUUCUAAUGCCCGAGACGUGGGUGAAUGGCUCGGUGCCAACAAACACACAAUUUAUAACUUCAGCCCUAUGACAAGACCGGUUGGAUUGCAAUUGCAUAUCCAGUCUUUCAGCAUCCCUCAUUUUCCGUCUUUGAUGAUGGCGAUGGCCCGUCCAGCAUACCAAUCUAUCGUGCAGCUGUCGCCAGACAAGCCAGCGAUCAUCUUCGUUCCAGGCAGGAAGCAGGUUCGGGCUACAGCUCUUGAUAUCCUUUCAGCGUGCAUAAUGGAUGAUAAUGAUGAAAGAUUCUUGCACACCGACGUUAAUGAGCUUGCGCCAUUCCUGGAGCGUAUCAACGAACGAGCGUUGGCGGAGUCUCUUACACAUGGCAUUGGCUACUAUCAUGAGGCGCUAUCGACUAGCGACAAGAGGAUCGUCUCCCAUCUGUUCAAGAUUGGUGCUAUCCAACUCAUGCUUGCUUCUCGCGAUGUAUGUUGGGAGAUCCCCUUCACAGCGCAUCUCGUCAUAAUUAUGGGCACACAGUACUUUGUGGGUCGCGAACACCGCUACGUCGAUUAUCAGAUCAGCGAGAUCCUACAAAUGUUUGGUCGAGCGUGUCGGCCUGGUGAAGAUGACAUCGGAAAGGGCGUGCUCAUGGUCUCUGCAGUGAAGCGCGAAUACUACAAGAAAUUCCUCAACGAAGCGUUGCCCAUAGAAAGCCACCUACAACUCUGGCUUCAUGACACAUUCGUUACCGAGAUCAGCACCAAGACGAUCACAUCCACACAAGAUGCAGUCGACUGGACCACAUAUACAUACUUCUACCGCCGCCUUCUGGCUAACCCGAGCUACUAUGGACUCAACGACACAUCCCAUGAUGGCCUUAGCACACACCUCUCGGAACUAAUUGAGACCACGCUGAAGGAACUCUCUGACGCCAAAAUCAUCGACUUGGACGAAGAAGAUGAUUCUGUCUCUCCCCUCAACCCGGCCAUGAUUGCGGCGUACUAUAAUAUCUCCUUCAUCACGAUGCAGACCUUCCUCCUCUCUCUCACAGCCCGCACAAAACUCAAAGGACUCCUUGAAAUUGUCACGUCCGCCACGGAGUUUGAAUCAAUACAACUCCGUCGUCAUGAAGAUCACAUCCUCCGCCGCAUCUACGAUCGCGUGCCGGUGAAAAUGUCUGAGCCGAUAUACGAUUCACCCCACUUCAAGGCCAUGGUGUUACUACAAGCACAUUUUUCAAGAUUGCAAUUGCCCAUCGACCUUGCGAAAGAUCAAGAAAUCAUAGUUUCAAAAACGCUCGCGUUACUCUCCGCUUGUGUCGAUGUGUUGAGUUCGGAAGGACACCUGAACGCCAUGAAUGCAAUGGAAAUGUCACAGAUGGUUGUGCAGGCCAUGUGGGACCGCGAUUCUCCAUUGCUGCAGAUCCCACAUUUUGACUCUCAAAUCGUAGAUAUUCUUGCGAAGCAGGGGAUAAAGGACAUCGAUGAUUUCAUGACGGCAAUGGACCCUUCGGAGAAUCCCAAUCAAGCGAAGCUGGUGCAGAUGAUGGGAUUGAGCAAUCGCCAACUUGUGGAGGCGGCGAACUUCACGAAUAACAAGUAUCCCAGUCUCGAACUAGAGUUUGAUGUCGAGGACAAGGAGGAUGUUACGGCGGGCCACCCAGCCUACCUAGCGGUUCGCAUUUCGAGGGAAGUGGAGGAAGAAGACGAAGAGGAAGAAGAGCAAGGCAAAGGCGGUGCUGAACAGGAGGUUGAUAUCACAGUCCACGCCCCGUUCUAUCCCCUCCGCAAGCUCGAAAACUGGUGGCUCAUCGUGGCCGAGGAGAAAACAAGGUCCUUACUGGCCAUCAAACGCGUGACGAUCGCAAAAAAACAGUUUGGAACAAAGUUGGAGUAUGUCGUCCCCACGGCCGGCAAGAAGGACUUGACGUUGUUCCUCAUGUGCGACUCGUACAUCGGCGUCGAUCAGAGCAUGACGUUCAGUGUGGAUGUAAAGGAAGGCGAGGAGGACGAGGAGGAGGAAGGAGAUGAAGACGAGGUGAUGCAAGAUGGCGGAGAGUAG